AUUUUUUGUUGGAUUAUCUGGCCCAAAACCAAAAAAAAAAAUGAACGGUGGUGACGAUGCCUCUUCCUCCGCCGCUACUAGUGGUCCUCCUCCGUCUUUAGAGUGGAGAUUCUCUCAGGUCUUCGGCGAGCGAACCGCCGGAGAAGAAGUUCAGGAAGUUGACAUCAUUUCAGCCAUCGAAUUUGAUAAAAGUGGAGACCAUCUUGCAACUGGUGACCGUGGGGGCCGAGUAGUUCUUUUCGAAAGGACCGAUACUAAAGAUCAUGGAGGGUCCAGGAAGGAUCUUGAGGAGACGGAUUACCCAGUUAGGCAUCCUGAGUUUAGAUAUAAAACAGAAUUUCAGAGUCAUGAGCCAGAGUUUGACUAUCUCAAGAGUUUGGAGAUAGAGGAGAAAAUCAACAAAAUCAGAUGGUGUCAGCCAGCAAAUGGUGCAUUGUUUCUGCUUUCCACAAACGAUAAAACCAUCAAAUAUUGGAAGGUACAAGAGAAGAAGAUCAAGAAAAUUAGUGAAAUGAAUAUUGAUCCGUCGAGAGAAGGAAGUUCAAGUAUCCCUCCUCAAUUAGUUACUAAUGGAUUACCUGCCGAUAAAGACCAUGGCUACCUCAGCAACGAAUAUUCUUUCCCGCCAGGAGGCAUUCCAUCUCUGCGUUUGCCUGUGGUGACAAGCCAGGAGACCAACCUUGUGGCUAGAUGCCGAAGAGUAUAUGCUCAUGCUCAUGAUUACCAUAUUAACUCAAUCUCAAAUAGCAGCGAUGGAGAAACCUUUAUCUCGGCUGAUGAUCUGCGAGUAAAUCUCUGGAAUUUGGAAAUUAGCAACCAAAGUUUCAAUAUUGUUGAUGUUAAGCCCACAAACAUGGAGGACUUAACUGAGGUUAUUACAUCAGCUGAGUUUCAUCCUAUCCAUUGUAAUAUGCUCGCGUAUAGUAGUUCAAAAGGCUCAAUUCGUUUGAUUGAUAUGCGUCAAUCAGCUCUGUGUGAUUCUCAUACAAAAUUAUUUGAAGAACCGGAAGCACCUGGUUCAAGAUCAUUUUUCACAGAGAUAAUUGCCUCAAUUUCAGAUAUUAAAUUCUCAAAGGAUGGGAGAUACAUACUUAGUCGCGAUUACAUGACGCUCAAGCUGUGGGACAUAAACAUGGAUUCUGGUCCAGUUGCAUCUUACCAGGUUCAUGAACAUCUGAGACCCAGGCUAUGCGAUCUAUAUGAAAAUGACUCCAUCUUUGAUAAAUUUGAGUGUUGUCUGAGUGGUGAUGGACUGAGGGUAGCAACAGGUUCUUACAGCAAUCUAUUCCGCGUAUUUGGAGCGUCUCAAGGUAGUACCGAAGCUGCAACUUUGGAAGCUAGCAAAAACCCGAUGAGGAGGCAAAUCCAGACACCUGCAAGACCUUCCAGAUCUAUAGGCAGUAUGACACGUGUGGUUAGACGAGGAUCAGAGAGUCCCGGAACAGAGGCAAAUGGGAACGCAUAUGAUUUCACAACUAAGUUGCUGCAUAUGGCAUGGCACCCAACAGAGAACUCAAUUGCUUGUGCAGCAGCAAACAGCUUGUACAUGUGUAGUAGUAACAUUGUUAUGCUGUGUCCAAGACCAAAGGCUGACCAGUCAUACCGCGACGAGUCAACGGAAGAAGCAACAGUAAUCUUUCAGGAGUUAGAAGACAGUGAUAAUUGGGUUGUCGAUGAACUUGGUUUCACUGAUUUGUUCAACCAGCUUCUCCCAACAAUGCCUUGGAACUCUCUCAUGAAUCGCAUGAUGAAGGAGCUUCAUGAUCAUGGAAAAACUAUUGAAGAAAUCAAACAAGUCCUGAGGAGAAUCCCAAUUCAUCCACGUGUCAUCCCUGCCAUCAAAUCUGCUCAUGCUUUAGGGUGCGAGCUGAGAAUAGUGAGCGACGCAAACACGUUAUUCAUCGAAACGAUCAUUGAACAUCUCGGGAUUAGAGAGUUUUUCUCCGAGAUUAACACAAAUCCAGGAUUUGUUGAUGAACAAGGAAGAUUAAUAGUCUCUCCUUACCAUGACUUCACCAAAUCUUCUCAUGGUUGCUCUCGUUGCCCUCCUAACAUGUGCAAGGGUUUGAUAAUCGAAAGGAUUCAAGCUUCUCUAACCAAAGAAGGGAAGAAGACCAAGAUGAUUUAUCUUGGAGAUGGUGCUGGUGAUUACUGUCCCAGUCUUGGACUCAAAGCUGAAGAUUACAUGAUGCCAAGGAAGAGUUUCCCGGUUUGGGAUCUGAUUAGUCAAAAUCCCAUGUUGGUUAAGGCUACCGUUAGAGAUUGGACCGAUGGAGAAGAUAUGGAGAGGAUACUAAUGGAAAUAAUCAACAAGAUUAUAUCAUUAGAGGAAGAAGACGAGAAGGACAAGAUGUUGAGCUCUGAUAAUUGCAAGAUAUCUGUUGGGAUUGUUCAUGAACCUAUGGUGCCUCUUACUCUUCAAGUUCCUUUAAAUUUGGUUAAGUGAUUGAUGAAGUGCACAAGGAAUUGGAAGAUUUUUUGGUUAUGUUUUCGUUCUUCAUGCAAUCAAGAAAAUAUGUAAGAUGUU